AUGCCGCGCGCUCCCCGCUGCCGAGCCGUGCGCUCCCUGCUGCGCAGCCGCUACCGCGAGGUGCUGCCGCUGGCCACGUUCGUGCAGCGCCUGGGGCCCGAGGGCUGGCGACUGGUGCAGCGCGGGGACCCGGCGGCUUUCCGCGCGCUGGUGGCCCAGUGCCUGGUGUGCGUGCCCUGGGACGCACGGCCGCCCCCCGCCGCCCCCUCCUUCCGCCAGGUGUCCUGCCUAAAGGAGCUGGUAGCCCGGGUGCUGCAGAGGCUGUGCGAGCGCGGCGCGAGGAACGUGCUGGCCUUCGGCUUUGCGCUGCUGGACGGGGCCCGCGGCGGUCCCCCGGAGGCCUUCACCACCAGCGUGCGCAGCUACCUGCCCAACACGGUGACCGACGCACUGCGCGGGAGCGGGGCGUGGGGGCUGCUGCUGCGCCGCGUGGGCGACGACGUGCUGGUUCACCUGCUGGCACGCUGUGCGCUCUUUGUGCUGGUGGCUCCCAGCUGCGCCUACCAGGUGUGCGGGCCGCCGCUGUACGAGCUCGGCGCUGCCACUCAGGGCCGGCCCGCGCCACACGCGAGUGGAACCCGAAGGGGUCUGGGCUGCGAACUGGCCUGGAACCGUAGCGUCAGGGAGGCCGGGGUCCCCAUGGGCCUGCCAGCCCCGGGUGCGAGGAGGCGCCGGGGUAGUGCCAACCGAAGUCUGCCGUUGCCCAAGAGGCCCAGGCGUGGGGCUGCCCCUGAGCCGGAGCGGACGCCCGUUGGGCAGGGGUCCUGGGCCCACCCGGACAGGACGCGUGGACCGAGUGACCGUGGUUUCUGUGUGGUGUCACCUGCCAGACCUGCCGAAGAAGCCACCUCUUUGGAGGGUGCGCUCUCUGGCACACGCCACUCCCACCCAUCCGUGGGCCGCCAGCACCACGCGGGCCCCCCAUCCACAUCGCGGCCACCAAGUCCCUGGGACACGCGUUGUCCCCUGGUGUACGCCGAGACCAAGCACUUCCUCUACUCCUCAGGCGACAAGGAGCAGCUGCGGCCCUCCUUCCUACUCAACUCCCUGCGGCCCAGCCUGACUGGCGCCCGGAGGCUCGUGGAGACCAUCUUUCUGGGUUCCAGGCCCUGGAUGCCAGGGACUCCCCGCAGGCCGCCCCGCCUGCCCCAGCGCUACUGGCAAAUGCGGCCCCUGUUUCUGGAGCUGCUUGGGAACCACGCGCAGUGCCCCUACGGGGCGCUCCUCAAGACGCACUGCCCGCUGCGGGCUGCGGUCACCCCAGCAGCCGGUGUCUGUGCUCGGGAGAAGCCCCAGGGCUCAGUGGCGGCCCCCGAGGAGGAGGACACAGACCGCCGUCGCCUGGUGCAGCUGCUUCGCCAGCACAGCAGCCCCUGGCAGGUGUACGGCUUCGUGCGGGCCUGCCUGCGCCGGCUGGUGCCCCCCGGCCUCUGGGGCUCCAGGCACAACCAACGCCGCUUCCUCAGGAACACCAAGAAGUUCAUCUCUCUGGGGAAGCAUGCCAAGCUCUCCCUGCGGGAGCUGACGUGGAAGAUGAGCGUGCGGGACUGUGCUUGGCUGCGCAGGAGCCCAGGAGUUGGCUGUGUGCCGGCCGCGAGGGCACCGUUGCGGGAGGAGAUCCUGGCCAGUUCCUGCCAUGGCUUGAUGGCUUUCAAUGUGGUCGAAGUCUGCUCAGGUCUUUUUUUUUAUGUCACGGAGAACACGUUUCAAGGAACCAGGCUCCUUUUUUCUUACCGAAGGGUCUGGGCACGGCUCAGGGCUCUCUGUUGCAGACAGCACUUGAAGAGGGUGCAGCUGCGGGAGCUGUCGGAAGCAGAGGCCAGGCAGCAUCGGGAAGCCAGGCCCACCCUGCUGGCAUCCAGACUCCGCUUCCUCCCCAAGCCUGACGGGCUCCGGCCGAUCGUGAACAUGGACUACGUCGUGGGAGCCAGAACGUUCCGCAGAGAAAAGAGGGCCGAGCGUCUCGCCUCGAGGGUGAAGGCACUGUUCAGUGUGCUCAACUACGAGCGGGCACGGCGCCCCGGCCUCCUGGGUGCCUCUGUGCUGGGCCUGGAUGAUAUCCACAGGGCCUGGCGCAACUUUGUGCUGCGUGUGCGGGCCCAGGACCCGCCACCCAAGCUAUACUUCGUCAAGGUGGAUGUGAUGGGCGCGUACGACACCAUCCCCCAGGACAGGCUCAUGGAGGUCAUCGCCAGCAUCAUCAAGCCCCAGAACACAUAUUGCGUGCGCCGGUAUGCUGUGGUCCGGAAGGCCGCCCACGGGCACGUCCGCAAGACCUUCAAGAGCCACGUCUCUACCUUAACGGACCUCCAGCCGUACAUGCGACAGUUCGUGGCUCACCUGCAGGAGACCAGCCCGCUGAGAGAUGCCGUCGUCAUUGAGCAGAGUUCCUCCCUGAACGAGACCAGCAGUGGCCUCUUCGACGUCUUCCUACGCUUCGUGUGCCACCACGCCGUGCGCAUCGGGGGCAAGUCCUACAUCCAGUGCCAGGGGAUCCCGCAGGGCUCCAUCCUGUCCACGCUGCUCUGCAGCCUGUGCUACGGCGACAUGGAGAACAAGCUGUUUGCAGGGAUGCGGCGGGACGGGCUGCUCCUGCGUUUGGUGGAUGAUUUCUUGUUGGUGACACCUCACCUCACCCACGCGAAAGCCUUCCUCAGGACCCUGGUCCGAGGUGUCCCUGAGUACGGCUGCGUGGUGAACUUGCGGAAGACAGUGGUGAACUUCCCUGUGGAAGACGAGGCCCUGGGUGGCGCAGCUUUUGUCCAGCUGCCGGCGCAUGGCCUGUUCCCCUGGUGCGGACUGCUGCUGGACACCCGGACCCUGGAGGUGCAGAGCGACUACUCCAGCUACGCCCGGACCUCCAUCAGAGCCAGUCUCACCUUCAACCGCGGCUUCAAGGCCGGGAGGAACAUGCGUCGCAAACUCUUUGGGGUCUUGCGGCUGAAGUGUCACAGCCUGUUUCUGGAUUUGCAGGUGAGCAGGCUGACGGUCAGCACAGAGUUCAGAGUUCGGGGGGCAUGUGUGUUACUGUGUGCACGCAUGUUCCACGCAUGUGUGCUGCAGCUCCCAUUUCAUCAGCAAGUCUGGAAGAACCCCGCGUUUUUCCUGCGUGUCAUCUCUGACACGGCCUCCCUCUGCUACUCCAUCCUGAAAGCCAAGAACGCAGGGAUGUCGCUGGGGGCCAAGGGCGCCGCCGGCCCUCUGCCUUCUGAGGCCGUGCAGUGGCUGUGCCACCAAGCCUUCCUGCUCAAGCUGACUCAACACCGCGUCACCUACGUGCCACUCCUGGGGUCACUCAGGACAGCCCAGACGCAGCUGAGUCGGAAGCUCCCGGGGACAACGCUGGCUGCCCUGGAGGCCGCAGCCAACCCGGCACUGCCCUCAGACUUCAAGACCAUCCUGGACUGAUGGCCA